GACAUCACUAGUAGAGAGUGCGAGGCCAAGUAAUGUCAGGAAAAAUGUUUUAGUUAUUGAUCUAUGCACAACACAAAAAACAAACGUUCUGAUCAUCCGACAGUUUCAUGGGGUGCCAUAACCAACCAUUUUAAUAUCUUUGUGGGUGAUUGAGAGGUUAUGAUUUAUUUACCAGGCAAAAUGUAAGGCUUAAAUAGUACAGAACAAAGCUUUUCGUUUAAAAAAAUGUUGAAUUACCUGAUGUUCCUCUCCACUGUGCAGGAGUUAAGAGCAAAGAGUGACAGAAAGACACAGAGAUGAGAGGUGGAGGGAGGGACUUCCGUGCUUUCUGCAAGAGGGACUGAGGCUCAGGGAGCCUCAAAUGACACUACUCACUACAGUAGGCUAUAGUUGUCUUCAAGGGGCCAAGCAGUAGUCCAAGUUCAAGUAGCCUAUGUGAAAGGUCAGGUUGUGAUUGUUGUAUGGAAUCAUAUUGCUAUUUGCUGUUAUUUGAUGUAUUUAUAAUCUGAAUAAACCCUAAGCCUAUUAGAUACAAGUGUUGUUUAAAAGUUCUUUCUCGAAAACCAAAUAUUAGCCACAGGGAGCCGCGACUUCCUGUGUUGGUACAUGCGUGUGUGCACGAUUGGUCCUUGGUUCAGACGUCUUGCGCGGACAGACCGUUAACUUUCAGGACUGCGAUAAUCACGUGUCAUUUUGCCACAAUGUCCACUGCAUUGAGACUUCUCUAUUGUUCGUCUAGACCAGGCACUUUUGGAGUCAAUCCUGGCCUUGUCCGACCGUUCAGUCUGUCAGUCCAGAGAGAGGCAUUCAAGUAUGUAAAUGCACGGGAAGAGGCCACUGAUAUGAAGUCAAUAACAGACCGUGCUGCUCAGACACUGUUAUGGACUGAGCUCUUCAGAGGUUUAGGGAUGACAAUGAGUUACCUGUUCCGUGAGCCAGCUACUAUCAAUUACCCAUUUGAAAAAGGACCCCUGUCACCCCGUUUCCGUGGUGAGCAUGCUCUGCGCAGGUAUCCCAACGGAGAAGAGCGCUGCAUUGCCUGCAAACUUUGCGAAGCCAUCUGUCCUGCACAGGCCAUCACUAUUGAGGCUGAGACUCGUGCAGAUGGAAGCAGGAGGACAACCCGCUACGAUAUUGACAUGACCAAGUGCAUCUACUGUGGUUUCUGCCAGGAGGCUUGUCCUGUUGAUGCCAUUGUAGAGGGGCCUAAUUUUGAGUUCUCCACUGAGACUCAUGAGGAAUUGCUGUAUAACAAAGAGAAGCUGCUGAAUAAUGGUGAUCGCUGGGAAGCUGAGAUCGCCGCUAAUAUCGAGGCCGACUAUUUAUAUAGAUGAAUAACUUCAUGUUUUUACAUACACACACACACACACAUACACACACACACUUAAAACAUAUAGCCUAUGUUUCAGAUAGGCUACUGACAACACUAUGUUAACCAACUAUAAACCACACAAAUCUAUGUGUCAAAAUGUGUCAGAAUAAUAUAUUAAGCUAACACUGUAAGCAGUUAAAAAAUAGACUAAUCAAGUCCGCGCCAAUGUCAGUUAUACGCACAAUACUAUACUAAAGCUGAUAGAAUUCAGCAAAACUAUGGACACAUUUUGUCCGUAACAAUUGAAUAACAACUGAUAAAUGUAUGUAGAGUGACUUUGGAAAAUACAAUAAAGCUUUGAACAUAA